CUUUCCCGUUGGGGAAAGUGGUGGGGAAAGAGGCUAUGGUGGAGGCGGUUGGCAAGUCAGUAAAAGAAAAACGAAAAAAGUUCACCGCACUCGAAAAUUUCAGAAUUUAAGACUCCCAUCAAGCCUGCCACCCCCCACGCCGAAUCGGCCUUUACCUCUUGCGCCGGUUUUCCUUCUCAACCUUCCACCACCACAACCUCAUCACUUAAUACCACACAUCAUGGCGGAAGAAGUAUACGAUGGUGCCAUUGGCAUCGAUCUCGGCACCACCUACUCCUGCGUCGCCACGUACGAGGGUACCAAUGUCGAGAUCAUCGCCAACGAGCAGGGUAGCUUCACUACCCCGUCGUUCGUCUCCUUCACCCCCGAGGAGCGAUUGAUCGGUGAGGCUGCCAAGAACCAGGCUGCCAUGAACCCGGCGAAUACCGUCUUCGAUGUCAAGCGUCUCAUUGGACGGCGUUUCGAUGACCCGACGGUCAAGAAGGACAUCGAGUCGUGGCCCUUCCAGGUCGUCGACGACGAUGGCAGCCCAAAGGUCCAGGUCGACUACCUGGGCAGCGUCCACACUUUCUCUCCCCAGGAGAUCUCCGCCAUGGUCCUGACCAAGAUGAAGGAGAUUGCCGAGACCAAGCUCGGCAAGAAGGUUGAGAAGGCCGUUAUCACUGUGCCCGCCUACUUCAACGACAACCAGCGUCAGGCUACCAAGGACGCCGGUGCCAUUUCCGGCCUCAACAUUCUGCGUAUCAUCAACGAGCCUACUGCUGCCGCCAUUGCCUACGGCCUUGGCGCCGGCAAGUCCGAGAAGGAGCGCAACGUCCUGAUCUACGAUCUUGGUGGCGGUACCUUCGAUGUGUCGCUUCUCAACAUCCAGGGCGGUGUAUUCACUGUCCGCGCCACCGCUGGUGAUACGCACUUGGGAGGCCAGGAUUUCGACACCAACCUCCUCGACCACUGCAAGAAGGACUUCACCCGGAAGACCAAGAAGGAUCUCUCUGGCGAUGCCCGUGCUCUCCGGAGACUGAGAACCGCUUGCGAACGUGCCAAGCGUACUCUGUCCAACGGUGCCCAGACCACAAUUGAGAUCGACUCUCUGUUCGAUGGCGAGGACUUCAAUAUGCAGAUUACUCGUGCUCGUUUCGAGGAUCUCAAUGCCAAGGCCUUCAACGGCACUCUUGAGCCUGUUGCGCAGGUUCUCAAGGAUGCCGCCAUUGAGAAGAGCGCCGUUGACGAGAUUGUGCUUGUUGGUGGUUCCACCCGUAUCCCCAAGAUCCAGAAGCUCCUCAGCGAGUUUUUCGAUGGCAAGAAGCUCGAGAAGAGCAUCAACCCCGAUGAGGCUGUCGCCUACGGUGCCGCCGUCCAGGCCGGUAUCCUCUCCGGAAAGGCCACCUCGGCCGACACCGCCGACCUCCUCCUCCUCGAUGUUGUUCCUCUGUCCCUUGGUGUUGCUAUGGAGGGCAACAUCUUCGCCCCUGUCGUCACUCGCGGUCAGACUGUCCCCACCAUCAAGAAGAGAACCUUCACGACGGUUGCCGACAACCAGCAGACUGUCCAGUUCCCCGUGUUCCAGGGUGAGCGUGUCAACUGCGAGGACAACACCUCUCUGGGUGAAUUCACCCUUGCCCCCAUCCCCCCGAUGAAGGCUGGCGAGGCUGUUCUCGAGGUUGUCUUUGAGGUCGAUGUGAACGGUAUACUCAAGGUUACCGCCACUGAGAAGACGUCCGGCCGCAGCGCCAACAUCACAAUCUCCAACUCUGUUGGCAAGCUCUCGUCGAGCGAGAUUGAGGACAUGAUCAGCGGUAAGCAUCACCUUAACUCCACAAACUUGUAGAAGACAUACUGACAAUCAACCACAGAAGCCGAGAAGUUUAAGACCAA